CCCGGACUCAUUUAGAUGUAGCACCGGCUCUAUGAGUUUGGCAUCGCUGCAUAGAUCCGAGCAGAUCAUAUAAACAGCGAUAUUAAAAUACGUCAACUCUCAUAUCAGCGACGUCAAGAGGGACAGUUAAUCCCAUCAGCAUGGCGGAAAACAUAAUCAUCCGUGUCCAGUCUCCAGAGGGGAUGAAAAAAAUCGCCUCAACAAAGCGAGAGACGGCUGCAGCUUUCCUCAAGAAGGUUGCCAAAGAGUUUGGGUUCAGUUCAAAUGGUUUCUCUAUCUACCUGAACCGGAACAAGACUGGAGAGAUUCUGUCACAGAACAAGACCCUCAGCCUGCUGAAAAUCAAGCAUGGCGACAUGCUCUUUCUUUACCCAUCCUCAGCUGGACCCUCCAGUGAGAACAUGGACACAGCUCAGCCUCACACCUCUUCUUCCUACCCUUCCUUCCCUUCAUCCUCUUCAUCAUCAUCUUCCUUAUCCCGUUCACACUCUGCACCACAGAUCCAGGAGGACGAGAUCGACCAGUAUCUUUCCAAACAGGAAGGAAAGAUCUACAGAAACAAAGACCCCCAGCUGUGCCAACAUGGUCCUAUGGGGAAAUGUGUUCACUGCGUACCUUUAGAGCCUUUCGAUGAAGACUAUCUGAACCACCUCGACCCACCGGUCAAGCACAUGUCCUUCCACGCCUACAUCCGGAAACUCACUGGUGGAGCAGACAAGGGGAAGUUUGUGGCUCUUGAGAAUAUCAGCUGUAAGAUUAAAUCUGGCUGUGAGGGACAUCCGCCCUGGCCAGAGGGCAUCUGUACCAAGUGCCAACCCAGCGCCAUCACCCUCAACAGACAGAAAUAUCGACAUGUGGACAACAUCAUGUUCGAGAAUCAUACCAUUGCGGACCGUUUCCUCGACUUCUGGAGGAAGACGGGUAACCAGCGGAUGGGGUAUCUGUACGGACGCUACACAGAGCACAAAGACAUCCCUCUCGGCCUUCGAGCAGAGGUUGCCGCCAUUUAUGAACCUCCUCAGAUUGGAACCCAGAACAGCUUGGAGUUGAUUGAAGAUCCCAAGGCAGAAGCAGUUGAAGAGAUUGCUGCAAAACUGGGUCUUAGGAAGGUGGGGUGGAUUUUCACAGAUCUUCUGUCAGAGGACACCAGAAUAGGCACUGUCCGCUACACCAGAAACAAGGAUUCAUUCUUCCUGAGUGCUGAGGAGUGCAUCACAGCCGGUCACUUCCAGAACCAACAUGCCAACGCGUGUCGGCUUUCCCCGGAUGGCCAUUUUGGAUCCAAGUUUUUCACAGUGGUGGCAACAGGUGGUCCCGAUAACCAGGUGCACUUUGAGGGGUAUCAGGUUUCCAAUCAGUGCAUGGCUCUGGUGAGGGAUGAAUGUCUACUGCCCUGCAGAGAUGCUCCUGAACUCGGUUAUGCCAAAGAGUCCAGCACAGAGCAAUAUGUCCCUGAUGUCUUCUAUAAGGAUAAAGACAAAUUUGGCAAUGACAUCACAUAUUUAGCCCGACCACUGCCAGUGGAGUACUUGAUCAUUGACAUCACCACCACUUUUCCAAAGGACCCUGUGUUCACUUUCUCCUCUACUCUUCGCUUCCCCAUCGAAAACAGAGAUGCUCUGGGAGAGACCCAGGACUUCCACAGUUUAGCGACAUAUCUUUCCCAGUGUUCUUCCUCCUCCUCCUCCUUCCUGGACAUUGUCUCAGACUUCCAUCUGCUUCUCUUUCUUGUCACCAAUGAGGUCAUGCCCUUACAGGACAGCAUUGGACUUCUGCUGGAUGCAGUGAAGACAUCCAAUGAGGAGCUGGCUCAGACCUGGAAGAAAUCUGAGCAGUGGGCCACAAUCGAGCAGCUCUGCAGCACAGUUGGAGUGCAGCCGUCGGGAUCUCUGGAUUAUGCCAUGGGCGGCCCAACUCUCCCCCAGGCUUCUUCAGCUGUGUGGUCCUGCCUCCACUGCACAUUCAUGAACCAACCUGGCACCGAGCACUGCGAGAUGUGCAGUUUGCCCCGCAGCUAAACCCCCACGAAUCCAGGCUGCACUGUACAUCCCACCGGGAACAGCAGUGAGAGUGGGCGUGCUUCCCUGUGUUCCUGCCGUUUUAGUAUGCCUAAUUCUUAACUCCUCCCCUCCCUCACUGACUGUGUCGCAUCUAAUGCCGAUGCCAGCCGUGUGCCCGAAUAUGCGCCCAAUCCAAUGCUGUGAGCUGCAUCACUUUGAUGAUGAUUGCUAGCCGAAGAUGAUGGAUUGUACCCAUGUAGCACUCUCUGUGUGAGCCCAGUGCAUUCUGGGACUUUUAUUUUGACAAAGCACUUGGGUGAAGCUCCUUCCACCCUCCUUAUUUCCCUUUGCGGUCCAAAAUAACCAUUCAGCACCACUGGUGAAACACAAUCAGUUUUUCUGAUAUUAAACGUCUUUCCCUAACUCUCACUGAUGUUGUUGUGUACAUAAUAAACCGAGAAGAAAUAAUACUCUUAUUUAAGUGCAAAAGAUUUUAUAUGUUGAGGGAAUUUACUUUUUCAAGCCCAGUUUGAAGUGAACAUGCAGCUGAAGGAGCUUUGUUGUUUGCAGCACUUGGUUUGCAUCAUCAUGGUUCACACUUUCUUCACCCAGUGUGCAUGCUUGCUUUAUUUUCUUUCAUUUUUCAAAAGACUGUUUUGAUAGACGAUGAGUUUCUUUGGGUGUCAAUACUGAAUGCUUGAUUAGAUUGAAGGCGAAGGGUUGGCUUAACUGCAGAACCAGAGAGCGGUUCCUUUACCCUCAAGAUUGUAAUUGGUCGUUGACUUCUGAAGGUUAAGAAGCUAUGCUUUGAAUGGAUUGGUUGACGUAUGCUUUGCAAAAACUGUAGCCACUCAACUUUGGUGCUGGUACCCUUUUCUGCACCUCAUCAUCCUCUCAAUACAAAUUUCCCCUUCCGCCCCCUGGAGCUUGUCCAGAGUUCGUUUAGCCCUUAAGGAGUCUGUAUCAUUGCACCUUUUAAAGGGUUCUGUCAGGGCUGUCUUUGAACAUGCUCACUCGCCUGUUGGCCUCACAUCUGAUUGAUUGAUAGCGACAGAGCUACAAAUAUAAAAGCAAAGUCUAAUCUUAGUCCACUUGAUGGAUGUCUUUGCUUUGGUCUUUUUGUAAAUCAGUCUCAUGAUCUUCUGUACUUGUCUGUGUAGUUCAGCAGACAGAUUUUACUGGCUGGAAACAGGGUUAUUCUGUCUUCUGACUGCCAUUUCCAUUUGGUCAUGACUUAGUGUUUUAAUAACCAGCCCAAAGACAUCUCUUAAAUAUGCAUUCAGGACAAUUUCAGCCCUCUGAAAUGAUCUAGAUGUUUACAUUUGUGUUAUGUUUUCUGGAGUUUUCUUUUUUCUCAAAUUCACCCAUAAUUUCAAACUCUCUAAAAUUCAGUAUAUCGGUUCACUUAAAUGGGUGCACACUGAUCAGUGUUCACAGAAUGAAAUCAGAUUUUUGCUUUCAGAGCUUUGAGGUGCAGAUUGCUGUGCUUAGGCCCCAUUGGCACAAAACACAGGUGACCUUAGUUGUAUGCUUUCAAUUGGUUUUGGGGUUUUAAAUAAUUAAAAAAAAAGAAUUGUUCAACAAUAAAUCAGAUUCUUUUGGA